GAUAUCACUUGCCUAAUCAGGCAUUUCGAAUACAUCGCCGCCCGGCGGGACAUUACUCAUAGACGGCGACUGCAGGACGGCCACGGCUCACGUGAAUGUACAUCAGCGCACUUCGGCUCCAUCCCCGCCGCAUGCGCGCCAGCACUGACUGACCGCAAUGCCUGGUCCGGUGGUAAGAGCCCGACGUGGGCCUCUUGGAGGAAUCAAAGGACCGGCAGUCCCUCCGAGAAAACGAGCCCCAGCCAAACAAGCCGCAUCGGCGGAGAAGAAGUGUCCCAAUAAGGAGUGCGGCUCUACCAGAUUCAGCGAAGACGAUGGCAAAAUCGUUUGUCUCGACUGUUACACGGAGAUCGCCGAGAACAACAUCGUUGCUGAAGUCACCUUCGAGGAAAACGCUGGUGGGCGAGCCACUGUCCAAGGUGGCACCGUCAACGAGAACUCACGACACGCAAGAACCCUAGGGUCAAGUGCGUAUCGCAAGGUUGGAGGUGGCGAACGAAACUCUCUCGCCGAUGUUCAAAACGCUGGACGAAAGGCCUUGGAGCAGCUUUGUCCAAAGCUGGGCAUACUGCAGCAGGUUCAGAUACAAGCAGAGCAGAUAUGGGUGCUCGCUGCGAAUAUCAACUUCUCUGCUGGCCGGAGGACCGACGAAGUUGUUGCUGCUUGCCUGUAUGCCGCCUGUCGACGCCAAAGGGACAAUAAGAUUCUCCUCAUGGACAUCGCCGAGCUUUUACAAAUCAACGUCUUCCGCCUGGGCGAGGUCUACAAAGAUAUGUGCAGAGAGCUUUACAUCACUCAAGAUCAUUCAGUCGGACAUCAACAUCUGGUCGAACUUGAACCUCUCAUAUACAAGUACUGCGACAAGCUUCAGUUUGCAGAGAAGACAAAAGACGUCGCGUCUGAUGCGCUGAAGAUCAUUCGCAGAAUGAAUCGCGAUUGGAUUGUGUCUGGCCGUCAUCCAGCUGGUCUUUGUGGUGCUUGCAUCAUCCUCGCCGCCCGAAUGAACAACUUCCAGCGCACAGUGCGCGAGGUUGUGUUCGUUUCUAAAGUCGCAGAUGUGACAAUCGCCAAACGUGUGGAGGAGUUCAGACGCACCAAGGCCUCAGGUCUGACAGUUGACGAGUUCCGCAAAUAUGCCAAUCGCAUGGUGCAUCAACAUAAUCCUCCCUCGUUCGGUCUUCCUGAUCACAAUGCCAGAAAGUUUGCGAGAGCGAGAGCUCGUCGGGAGGAGCACAUGAAGAUGCUCGAAUUGCGAGAAUCGCAAAUGCGGUCACCGUCUGCACAGCACAUCAUAAUCCCCGAUGACCUCAGCGAAGGUUCCUCAAGGCUGUCUUCCGUGGAGGCAGCUACUCCGGCUCCUGAUCAGACUGUGCCAGUCCCAGUGCAACAUAUACCUGCCGCAGCGCCGAUGGUCGCAGUGCAAGGCCUAGCAUCUCCCGCGGAGCAGCAGUCUACGCCUCCACCGACACAGGGUGAUGAAGCACCUAACAACGGAUCUCUCGAACCCAAUGCAAAGCGGAAGCGGGAUGAUGAAGCCGAAGAACCACCUUCAGCAGAUCCCGAGUCAGCUCCCCGAGUAGAAUCUCCAAAACGACAGCGUACGACGGAAGGACCUGAACCUGAACCAAGUGUUCGCUAUGACGCUGAUGGCUUCGCCAUUCCGGCUCUUCCAGUGCAGGCUGUAGCAGAGGCACUACGUGCGAGUGAGGAGCCAACGGGUGAAAAGCGUGGUCGUGGACGACCGAAAAAGGAGCCAGUACAGGCUCCAGAGGUUGAGAUCUCCGAGGAAGAGCUUGCAGAGGAAGACUAUCUGGAAACACAAAUCGAGGAGGCCCUAGCGAAUGGAGAAGUGCAAGAGAUGCAGAGUGAAGUCGAGAAGCUAAAGGAAGCAGAAAGGAUAGAAGCCGAGCAUCAACGAGCUACUGCGCUGGCUGCUGAGCAAAUGAAGGCCGACAGCGAGAAAGGCAGACAGGCUCGUCUUGCCCGAGGAGUUGACUACUUUGGCAAGGCACCUGAUUGGCAGCCGGGUGUUAUUCUCACUGCUGCAGAGCUUGAAGCUGAAUUCGAAAACGACCCCGAGGUCGCCAAUUGCAUUCUGUCAGAGACCGAGAGGAAGAUCAAGGAACAGAUUUGGGUUGCUCACAACGAAGACUGGCUCCGAAAGCAAGCCGAAAAGGAACUCCUUGCGAAAGUCGAGAAGGCCAAUCCGACGAAGAAGAAGAAAGAAGGGAAAGCGCACAAAGGUCGAGGCAAGAAGCGUAAUACUUUGGGCGAUGGCACGGUACUGACAGAGAGCUCGACACCAAUCGAGACGCCUGCCGAUGCUGCUAGGGCAAUGCUGGAGAAGAGAGCGCCAAUGAAGUCUCAGCAUGUCGACUUCUCUGCUUUGCAGCGCAUCUAUGGCCGAGAAACCCCGUCUCGCGCCGGGUCGGCCACGCCGAGCGAAAGUCGAUCGCAGACUCCAGCCACGAGAGAGCAGUCUGCUGGACCUGCCGAAGAUGAGGACGACGGCAGUGACGAAGGGGACGCAGAGAUACAGGAUAAUCCUGCCAAGCACGUGCAGCCAGCCACAUGGGACAACUUGGACGAGGAACCAGCUGUAGAGGAAGAAGAUGAUGAAGAUCUCUACAAAAUGGCCACUGAAGGACACGACGAGUUCGGCUCCGUGUACGGAGGUGAUGACGAUUACGGUUCUGGCGAAGAGUACGAUUAAGGAACAGACAUACAGUUUUACAGAUGUGGGAGCUCAGAUAGUGCUGCACAAGUACUUCAUAGCCCGGUAUUCACGAUGCACAGCCCGCGAUGCAGUUCGCCG